UCUUUAAAGCGACCUUAAAAGCCCCGGUUCUCGCCGCCCGGACUCCAUGUCCCAGCGGGCGCUCCGGGCGCGCUGCCGGGAGCGGGGCGGGCCGAGGGCAGCAUGGCCGCCAGGGAGGCGGGCGGCGCGGUGCUGGGCACGGCGGCCGAGAGGCUCUUCUCGCUCAGCGGGCUCUUCGCCGUCUACAAGCCCAAGGGACCCACCUCGGCCGGCGUGCUCAACCUGCUCAAGGAGAGGCUGCUGGCAGAAGCUGGUGUGCAAACAAAUGAGAACAAAAGAAAUCAGGUUUUGAAAAUUGGACAUGGAGGAACUUUGGACAGUGCAGCAGCAGGAGUUCUGGUGGUCGGUAUUGGAAAAGGAACAAAACUGCUGAGAACUAUGCUGGCAGGUUCCAAGAAAUACACUGCCAUUGGAAUGCUGGGCAAAGCUACUGAUACAUUAGAUGCUACAGGAAAAGUAACUGAAGAAAAACCUUAUGAUCAGGUAACAAAAGGAGAUCUUGAAAAUGUGCUGCAAAAGUUCACGGGGCACAUCAUGCAAGUCCCUCCACUCUAUUCUGCUUUGAAGAAGGAUGGAGAAAGGCUUUCAACUCUGAUGAAGAGGGGAGAAGCAGUUGAAGCAAAGCCUGCUCGACCAGUGAGAGUGUACAGCCUUUCUCUCCAGCAGUUCCAGCCACCACUGUUCACGCUGGAUGUUGAAUGUGGCGGUGGCUUUUAUGUCAGGAGCCUGGUCAGUGACAUUGGCAAAGAACUCUCUACCUGUGCCACUAUGCAGGAGCUGACCCGCACCAAGCAGGGGCCGUUCACGCUGGAGGAACACGCCCUUCACGAAGACAAAUGGACAAUUGAUGAAAUUGCCCGGUCCUUAGAGCACUGCACAGCUCUGCUCCCCAGAGAGCCAUCUCGUAAAAAAUUGAAGACAGAGCAUCCUGGUGAAACUGCUGUGAUCUGUGAAGAUAGUGAUAAGUUGGGUCAAGGAAAAAGACUGAAUGAUUGAGAUAUUUUAAGAUUGGAUUGGUGCUGUCCCACCUCCUGUGUAAAUCUACAAGGGAGGGUGACAAACUGCAACACAAGAAAAAUGGCUCUUUUGUUUUCUGGGGCUGGAACGUGCACUGAAAAUAUUCAGUGCUUACUGUGUCCUGACUGUUUAUUUUCCUUCUUGCACAGUGUAAAUGGGUCUGCCAUUGAUGCCAAAUCUUCAUAAACUUUUAAAGAACUUUCAAGCUGCAAGAUAGCUGUUAUUGCUAAUUCCUCAAUAAAAAAAUUUAAAAACAUUGUCUGAUAA